AUGAGAAGGGCUUCGGGCAGGGCAGUGCUGGGGUGCAGAGGAGCCCCCGACCUCCGUGAGGUCAGCUCCCUCCAGGGCGCGGUGGGAAGAGGGUAUUAUCGGGGGACCCACGGGGUCAUCGUGGUUUAUGAUGUCACCAGUGCUGAGUCCUUUGUCAACGUCAAGCGGUGGCUUCAUGAAAUCAACCAAAACUGUGAUGAUGUGUGCCGGAUAUUAGUGGGGAAUAAGAACGACGACCCUGAGCGGAAGGUGGUGGAAACAGAAGAUGCCUACAAAUUCGCGGGGCAGAUGGGAAUCCAGUUGUUUGAGACCAGCGCUAAGGAGAACGUCAAUGUGGAAGAGAUGUUCAACUGCAUCACAGAACUGGUCCUCCGAGCAAAGAAAGACAACUUAGCGAAACAGCAGCAGCAACAACAGAACGAUGUGGUGAAGCUCACGAAGAACAGUAAACGAAAGAAACGCUGCUGCUAA